GCAGGAAGUGCUGGGGGCCCCCCUGCACCACUCACACCGCAGCAACAGGACCUGCUCUAGCAGCGCUUUGUGAUGGACACCGCCUGGCGCCCCGCAGCCACGCUGCUGCUGGCGGGUCUGGUGGCAGCUGGGGAGCCCGCAGUGAGCCGCAGCGACCGGGCGGUGGGAGCCCUGCUGGGGCUGCUGCUGUGUCUGGCCGUGGGGCUGGCCUUGGCCUGGCGGCACCUCUGCCGUCUCUCGGACGGCCGCUACCACCCCCGGCCCGCGGGGCGUCGCGCCCUGGCCGUGCUGCAGAGCCGAUGGCGGCGGCUGCGGGGCCGGGAGAGCACCGCCGAACCCAGCGGGGAAGGGGACGAAGCCCCGGAAGCGGAGGAGCUGAUGCCGUGGGGCGCGGAGCGGCAGCGCCGCGAGGAGGAGGAGGAGGACGGAGAGGAAGAGGCCCCGCAGGAGGAGGAAGAGGAGCAGCACCCGGCGGAGCAGCCCCACGCACUGCUCGGCGACGCGCACAGCCUCGCGGGGACGGCGGCGUGGGGCGACGCGCGGCCGUCGGACAGCACCGCGCUGUGACGCCGCCGCCCCAAUAAAGCGCUCAGCGCUCCUCCGGGCGGACACGGCGCGGUGGGCAGGGCGGGCCGCAUCCCCCCCCCCCAAGCUCAGUACGCUGCAGCCGCACUGA